CGCGCACUAAACUUCCACUAGGCUAAGCUUUUGCAGCGAUGGGGUCUUUACAGGAUAAUUCAAACGAUGAUCGUUACAUUAUAUGGCUGGACAUCGACAACACUCUGUAUUCUGCAAGCGCACGUAUCUCCCAUGCCAUGGGCGAACGCAUACAUGCCUACUUCUUGUCCCUCGGGUUCCCUGAUGAGGAGGCGUCUGAAUUGCACCACAAGUAUUAUACACAGUACGGUCUUGCCCUGCGUGGUCUUGUCCGGCAUCAUGAGAUUGAUCCGUUGGACUUCGAUCGCAAGUGUGAUGGAUCCCUCCCCCUGGAGGAUAUGCUUCAGCGUGAUCCUAAGCUUCACAAGCUCCUCGAAGACAUUGAUCGCAGCAAGGCUCGCGUGUGGGCCUUAACCAAUGCUUACAAGACACACGCGCAACGAGUAUUGCGCAUUCUUGGCGUAGAAGAUCAGAUAGAAGGCCUUGUCUACUGCGAUUACGCCAACCCGGAGUUUUCCUGCAAGCCAGAACCUGAAUACUUCCACAAUGCUCUCCAGCAGGCCCAGGUACAGGACCCGUCGAAAUGUUGUUUUGUUGACGACAGCAGGAUGAAUGUACACGCUGCGAGGCAGCUUGGCUGGGGUAGGUGUGUCCAUUUCUGCGAGCAAGGCCUCACCACGGUUGAGGGCGGGAAACCGAAAGAGAUUGGAAAGGAUACAUCAUCUGGCACGAACGACAGUGAUCUCGUCGUCAUUUCCGACUUAGAGGAACUGAGGACGAUCUGGGCGGACUUAUUCAAACCCUCGGCCAAUUGACUUCGUAAACGACCUGUUAUUUCUCACCACUUUCGUCCAAUAUCACCCUUACAGCUGCACUAUACCAAUUUCUGCAGCAUGCAAAUAUUACAAUGGAAUGUCGGGUUGAUACAUUGUCUACUAGAAUAAAGUCACGGACACUACAUGACCAGAUUCCGUAGCUUCGAGGAUGAUCCCAUCAAAACCAAGCAAUCCUACCGAUAUGCUGUCAGUCGACAGGCUGUGGGGGGGGUUAAAAUUUAUUGUUCACGUACGCGUCUUUGAGCUCGGCAACGUAAGAUUAUCCUCUUCGUCCGUCCGGUCUAGUAGCAUAGAAGACGGUGGUUCCCCUUGGCUUAGAAAAUGACUGAUUUCUUCCAC